UGGUGAAGAGACCAGGUGAAUCUUGAAUCCCUAUUUCUCUUCCUGUGCUAACUUGAAAACCCCAACCCUUGGCAACCGAGCUUGUACAACCUGUCGAUCAUCAACUGCGCCAAUUUCCACCACCAGCAGCCGCACCCCGCCCUUGCUGCCGACCACCUCCAUUCAGCCACCGAGCUGCCCACUGCCACCCCUUUCACCUCUUUUUGGUUCUCUUGUCAGAUUAUUGUUGAAUCAAGAAUAGGGUUAUGAUUCAAGUUUAAAGCUAGGGAUUGGAUUUGGGGUUUCAUUGGUUGAUUCAAUUGGGUAUAAAUUCUGUCAAUGAGUGUUUAAAGGAAUUAAUUGAGUUCAAAAGAGUUCGAAGUUGUGCAAGUGAAAGUGUAGUCAUCCAUGGAGGUUUGAAAUGCAUACAAUGGUUUUGGUUAACAAUGGCGUAAAAGAGACCUCGGGAGUGAGCAGUGAUGUGUCCAACUGAAAAUUGGAAGAGUUGGAACUGAAUCUCAUUCAAGAAGGAAAUAAUUGAGUUCGGUAAGGAGAAUAUGGAGUUAUGGCAGAGAUCUCAGAACCAUUAUUUUAACUCAGAGCAUUUGUUAUAUUGCGUUUAAAAUCUUGUUAGUAUCUUUUUUCUAUGUAAAGAAAACUGGCUAAAAUGGUGGGAUAGACAAGACUGACAUCUGGAUUUGCGGUUUGUUGAUACAUGGAGAUGUUAGUAACAAGGAGAUUAUUAUGCAUACCAAGGUACCUUCAUCAAGAAGGAUCUUUAAGCAAACCUUUGACAUCACUGAGGCUUCUUUUGUCAUAUUCUUUAUAUUCUAAUGGUCCUGGGAAGAAGUCAAAAGCUACUCCUUUGCAGGAGAGGCGAAUGAUUGACCGCUUUAGGUUGCAUGUCAAAGGAGGCGAUGGUGGAAGUGGCAAUGCCAGCUUGCAUCGUAGUCGAAAUGAUCGCUUUGGCAAGCCUGAUGGUGGGAACGGUGGAAGAGGUGGUGAUGUGAUUCUACGGUGCACAUCUGCAGUUUGGGAUUUCCGUUGUCUGCAGCAUCACAUUAUUGGGGAAAGAGGUGGGCAUGGCGCCUCAAAGAAUAAGAUUGGUAACCGUGGAAAAGACAAGGUUGUGCAAGUACCUGUUGGUACUGUUAUCCAUUUGGUGGAGGGAGAAAUACCUUCAACAGUUGAGAAACCAUCUUCUGGUGGGUCUAACCCUUGGGAUAUUCCAGGUACCAUUACUUCUGAUUUCCUUGCAUCUGAUCAGAUGUCGACUUCUAGUUCACGAGAAUCAGAAAUAGAUCAGGCAGAGGAUAGGUCUCAUGUUUCAUCCUCUAAUAAGAGUGGUAUUUCCGAGUGUUAUGCUUCUCCUGGAUCAUCUAUUAAACAUUGCUCUCCCACUUCUCAUUCACAUGGUAAAUUAAUGUCAAAACAUGGCAAGAAUGUAUGUUACUCGAACUAUGCUUUCACUAAUGAAUCAGCUGAGGAUGAUGAACUAGAAAUUGACAGUGGUAUGUCUGAGGAAGAGUUGAAAGAAGAUGGGGUAGAAAUUCAAAUUCAAUAUAAUUUUGCGCAAUUGACCGAAGAAGGGCAACAAAUAGUGGUUGCUCAGGGUGGUGAAGGUGGUUUAGGCAGUGUGUCAUCUGGGAGACACAAUAAAAAGACCCUAAAAGAUACUAGUCACGGUAAUGGCAGAAAUGAUAACCAAGGGAAUUUUGAUAAUGAUCAUCCUGAUAUAAGACUUGGUUUGUCCGGGUCACAGGCUAGUUUGAUUCUAGAGCUCAAAAGUAUUGCUGACAUCGGCCUUGUCGGAAUGCCUAAUGCUGGUAAAAGCACUCUUCUGGGUGCGAUUUCUAGGGCCAAACCUGUUGUAGGUAAUUAUGCCUUUACAACCUUGAGACCAAAUAUCGGAAAGUUAAACUAUGAUGAACUCUCAAUAUCAGUGGCCGACAUCCCGGGACUUAUUAAGGGUGCUCACGAGAAUCGUGGUCUUGGGCAUGCGUUCUUGCGACAUAUUGAAAGGACAACAGUCUUAGCAUAUGUGAUUGAUUUAGCUGCGGCACUUAACGGCCGCAAAGGAAUCCCACCAUGGGAGCAACUUAAAGAUUUGGUCAUAGAGUUGGAGCAUUACCAAGAAGGUUUAUCAGAUCGUCCAUCUUUAGUAAUUGCGAAUAAAAUUGACGAGGAUGGUGCAGAGCAUGUUUUAGAAGAGCUACGGAGAAGGGUGCACGACAUUCCUAUCUACCCAGUUUGUGCAGUUUUGGAGGAGGGAAUACCGGACCUAAAAACUGGCUUAAAACUUCUUGUUAAUGGAGGAGAAAUGUCUAGAUUGAGAUUAGAUAAUAUAUUAGUAGAUUAGUUAUAUCUGAUUUGGUCCAACAGGCUUAAGCUUUAGUAAGUUUUAUUUAUGACGCCAGUUGUUUAGAAGUUGGAACAUAACUUUUAUACUAUCCAGUCCUUUUAUACAGAAGAAGUCGUAUUUCCUAUCAUAAUGUUUAUCCAUCUUUAUAUUUUGAUGUAGAGGUUUUGUUCAGAAUUAUUUGACUUUGAUUAGUUUUGAUUUAAAUAAUAAAUAGAUUUGUUUUC